CACCAAACAUUCAUACACCAGUGUGGGUGGCACUGGAGGCAGGGAGGGUGAAGUGUCUUGCCCAAGGACACAACGGACUGACUAGGACAGAGCAGGAGUCGAACCGCCGACCCUUCGGUUAUUGGAAGUCUGUUGGAAGUUAUUGGAAGUCGGCUAUUGUGGGUUUUUCUGAGUCAUCUGAGGUCAAAGGAUCCAGGUAACAGAGACUCGACUCCACCCACAUCUUCCUGACGUCACUAUGGGCGUGGCCACGACACGCGGACAUUAACAGGUAGAGAGAAACGUACUGGAAACGCAGAGGAGGAAGACGACGUUUAUCAUCGCCAUGUAAUUAUUUUACCGAUAAAAGUGUGUGGAAAUACGUAUCUAUCAAACAACAGGCUGAAGUUCACACAGUGAAUGUGGAUGAAGAGGACACAGCUCCGUCCACAGCGUCUGGUCUUCUAAGGGGGGGGGUUUGUCCAUAAAGGAUCCUCCAGGAGGCGUCGGUGAACCAGGACCUUCUGAUCCACAUGGUCCAUCAGGAGACUCCUCCUGUCCCCAGUGUGGAAUAAGAUUCAGAACCGGAGCCAGAACUGGAACCGGAACCGGACUGCAGAUGGACAGAACUGUACAAGAUGAACAUAAGCUCAGUCUGAGGAGCAGAUGUGAACGUGUGACUGAAGGAAGUGAUGAAGAAGGAAGUCAGACCCAACUAAAGCAGAUCUUCACUGAGCUCUACAUCACAGAGGGACAGAGUGAAGACGUUAAUACCCAACAUGAGGUGAAGACGCUGGAGACAGCUUCCAAGAAGAAGACCAUCCAAGACAAACCAAUCAGGUGUCAUGACAUCUUCAAAGCCCUACCUGACCAGCAGAACCCCAUCAGAGUGGUUCUGACCAACGGCGUUGCUGGAGCUGGAAAAACCUUCUCGGUGCUGAAGUUCACUCUGGACUGGGCAGAGGGUUUAGAAAACCAGGACGUCAGUCUGGUGGUUCUGCUGUCCUUCAGAGAGCUGAACCUGGUCAGAGAUGAGCAGUACAGUCUGCUGACGCUGCUCCGUGUUUUCCAUCCAACGUUACAGAAGGUCACAGCAGAGCAGAUCAGCGUCUGCAAACUUCUGUUCAUCUUCGACGGCCUGGAUGAAAGCAGACUUUCACUGGACUUCCACGACUGUGAGGUGGUUUCAGAUGUCACUCAGAAGAAACCAGUCAACGUGCUGUUGACCAACCUCAUCAAGGGGAACCUGCUUCCAUCAGCUCUCAUCUGGAUAACUUCCAGACCUGCAGCAGCCAAUCAGAUCCCUCCUUCAUGUGUGGACAGGGUAACAGAAGUCCGAGGCUUCACCACCGACGUCCAGAAGGAGGAGUACUUCAGGAGGAGAUCCAGUGAUGAAGAUCUGUGUAACAAAAUCAUCUCACACAUCAAGACAUCCAGGAGCCUCCACCUCAUGUGUCAAAUCCCAGUCUUCUGCUGGAUCAGUUCUAUGGUUCUGGAGCACAUGUUGACUUCAAACCAGAGAGAGGAGCUGCCCAAGACCCUGACCAACCUGUACUCACACUUCAUCAUGGUCCAGACAAAGAGGAAGAAGAACAAGUAUGAAAAAGGAGGUGAGAUGGAGCUGACGGAGGCUGACAGGGAAGUUCUUCUGAAGCUGGGGAGGCUGGCGUUUGAACAACUGGAGAAAGGAAACGUCAUGUUCUACCAAGAAGACCUGGAGCAGUGUGGUCUGGACGUCACAGAGGCCUCGGUGAAGUCAGGAGUUUGUACCGAGAUCUUCAAAAGAGAGAGUGGACUCUUCCAGAAACCACUGUACACCUUUGUACAUCUGAGUGUUCAGGAGUUUCUGGCAGCAGUUUACAUCUACCACUGUUUGACCAACAACACAGAAGUACUGGAGGGGUUUCUGGAAGAAGAAGAAGAAGAUACUGAUUCUUCUUCUUUGGAGGAGGAGGAGGAGAAGAAAGAAGAAGAAGAAGGGGAGUAUGACCAUAAUUCAACACUCGAUGUCUUCCUAAGAAAGGUCAUGAAAAAGUCCCUCUCCAGUAAAAAUGGCCACCUGGAUCUGUUUGUUCGUUUCCUUCAUGGUCUUUGUCUGGAGUCCAACCACAGACUUUUUGGAGAUCUGCUGGGUCAAACAGAGAUCAGCUCAGAAACCGUCGACAAAGUCAUCAACAACCUGAAGAAGAUGAAUACUAAGCAUAUCUGUCCUGACAGAAGCAUCAACAUCCUCCACUCUUUGAUGGAGAUGAACGACCACUCAGUCCAACAGGAGGUCCAAGAGUUCCUGAAGUCAGAGAACAGGUCAAAGAAGACACUCUCUGAGAUCCAGUGUUCAGCUCUGGCCUACGUACUGCAGAUGUCUGAGGAGGUUCUGGAUGAGUUGGAUCUGAAUGAGUACAACACAUCAGAUGAAGGACGACGUAGACUGAUUGCAGCUGUGAGGAACUGCAGAAAGGCUGAUCUCUCUGGGUGUGGGCUCUCAGACAUUCACUAUGAAGUCGUGGCCUCAGCUCUGAAGUCCAGUCCUUCCCAUCUCACAGAACUGAACCUGAGUUUCAACACCAUGGAGGAUCCAGAUGUGAAGGUUCUAAGUUCUGGACUGGAGAGUCCAAACUGCAGACUGGAGACUCUGAGAUUGAAGUGCUGUGAUUUGUCAGAUGUCAGCUGUUCUUCUCUGGCCUCAGCUCUGAAGUCCAAUCCAUUCCAUCUGAGGAAACUUAGUCUGUUUGGAAACGAACUGAAGGAUUCAGGAGUGAAGCUGUUGUGUGGUUAUUUUCAGCAUCCAGAGUGUAAACUACAGAUUUUAAGACUGAUUAACUGCCAUGUGUCACAUGUCAGCUGUUCUUCUCUGGCCUCAGCUCUGAAGUCCAAUCCAUUCCAUCUGAUGGAACUUGAUCUGAGUUGGAAUGGCCUGAGGGAUUCAGGAGUGAAGCUGUUGUGUGAUUUUCUUCAGAGUCCAGACUGUAAACUACAGAUUCUGAGAUUUGAUAACUGCGGUUUGUCAAAUGUCAGCUGUUCUCCUCUGGCCUCAGCGCUGAAGUCCAAUCCAUCUCAUCUGAUUGAACUUGAUCUAAGCGAAAACGACCUGGAGGAUUCAGGAGUGAAGCUGUUGGAUGAUUUACUGCAGAGUCCAGACUACAAACUAGAGACACUACGGAUCUAUGAUGCUGAGGGAAUCCCUCAGACAUUAACUGGAAUCCCAAUGCGUCAUGGAGUGGAGACAGAGGAGGACACAUCAGAGUCUGGCUGUGGGGUCAAAGGUCGUCCUCCAGACUCUGACAGUGAACCUGGACCCUCAGAUAAACGUUCUGAUCCAACUCAAAGUCCAGAGCAGAAGCUGGAGUUAAUCCGGGUGGAGUUCAUCGGCAGAGUGUCUGACUCCAGUCUGGGUGGUCUUCUGGAUAAACUUCUGGAGAAAGGGGUUCUAACCCAUCCUGAAAUGGAGUCGGCUCAAACUCUGAACAGGGCGGACAAGGCCCGACAGGUGUUCGAUACUGUGCAGAAAAAAGGAGCAGAGGCCAGUUCGGUCCUGAUCGCUGCUCUGUGUGAGGUGGACCCAUGUGUCUCCAGGCAGCUGAAGCUGAUGUGACUGCGGCCGUCUGACACACUCGACCAUUUACAGAUGAAAAUCACCAAGAAAACACGCCCUGACGGAACUGUUUAAAGACACGGACAAGGCUGUGGAACGGCCCAGUGUGUGUCAUGUGGAGCCAACGUCCUGGAAAUAACAUAUUAGGACUAAAGUGACUCUGAAACACCUGCAUCCACUAGAAAGACGACGCAGCGACAUCAAAGCAUGAUGGGUAACGCCCGGCUGUGUCCAGAUUUCAGCAACAAACUAUCAUAUGUUGGAAAAUUGAACUGUGUGUGAUCGGCCCAGUUAACUUUAUAAGAAAUGAAAACAUAGUGGAUGAAAAUGUUUCCAUCGGCAGAUGAAAUCAGUUUUUAUUUUUAUGAUGGAGUUUGAGGGUUUAAAACAUUCAACCUGUGAUCAGUGUUUCUCUUAGAUAUUUUUUUAUCCAGACUGAUUUUGAAAUGACAGAUUUUUUUAUGCCUUGUCUAUUCAUAUUUUUUCAAUGAAUGAAACUCUUAAAGGUUUUGAGAAUGAAGGUUGUCAUGAUUAAAACAAUAUUUGAUAGCAUACAGUAAAUUUAUACACUAUGGCCUGUAAGAAUUUAUCAAACAGAUUAAAUAUGUUCAAGCUUUUUGUGCAUCUUUUAAUAUAUAUGUCAAGGAAGUAAAUUACUUUAAUGAUGGGAUACUUUUAAUGAUUUGAUAUAUGCUGAAAAUUUUUUUUAUGUGUCUGAAUGUGAGUAAAUUAACUGAGACAUUUAGAUUUUUAACAUAAAUCAUAGGUGUCAAAUAUACAGCCAGUGGAUAAACUUGUGGAAAUAAAAAACUACCCUGAAGAUGUUAAACAAGGAUGUCAAAAUCAUUUUAGUUCAGAUUCCACAUCAUACAGACCAAUGUGAAAUAAAGUCAGUUACACCAU